AUAAAGGAAAACAGCAUUGGACGAGUGCAGAACUGCUAAAUCCGCGCUGUUGUCGUCAUUGCUGCGUAAAAUAUUAACUCCGUACAUAUUUCUACCACAUUACAAAAUACAUAUCGCAGUUAUUUGCCUCUGUUCCCGUUGAGGCUUCUCGGACGAGUUAGCUUUCCGGCUACUGACAAAGAAACGCGGAAGCUAUCAACACGGCGCUAAACGGAGAUCAAUGUUGUGAUUGUGUGACAGUGAGAGGAUGAUUGCGGAGUACGAAGAGGAACUUUCUGGAACAGAACGGGAGAACGCGCGACAAGGUCGACUCCUGGACGCUGUUUUCAAGAACCAUCAGCUUGUGUUGCAUAGAGUUGUCAGUGAGGAACACAAGGAGGCCCAGCCCGCCCACAUCAAAGAGGAAGAGGAGGAACACGGCAUCAGCCAGAAAGGGGAGCAGCUUGAAGGACCGGAGGAGGCUGACAUCACUGAUUUUCCGCUGAAUCGUGUCAUUGUGAAGAGCGAAGAUGAGGAAGCUGAAGGAGGAUCACAAGCAGACAGCCUCUUUGCUCCGCUAUCAGAUAGUGACGACACGGCGUCUCCUGACACUGAUGAUGAGGACUCCAAGGCUGAUGUGACGUGUCCCAUUGACACCACGCACUUGAAAUGCUCUCAGUGUGGCAAAAUUUUUAGCAGCAAGGCAAAUCUGAGAAGACACACAAUGAUCCACACAGGUGAAAAACCAUUCAUGUGCUCAGUUUGCGGUCAAAGAUUCUCCCAGAAGACCACGAUGAUCACUCACACGCGAACGCACACCGGAGAAAAGCCUUUCUCCUGCUCGGUGUGCAACAAAAGCUUUAGUGAUUAUUCAACAUUGACUAAACACCAGAGAACGCACACGGGGGACAAACCCUUUUCAUGCUCAUUUUGCGGUAAAAGAUUCUCCCAGAAGGCCACCAUGAGAACACACACAAGAACGCACACCGGAGAGAAAACAUAUUCCUGCUCGGUGUGCAAAACCAGUUUUAACGUCCGGUCCACUCUGGUUCAGCACAUGAGAAGACACACCGAGGACGUCGUACACAGCCACGCAAACCAUGGAGGACACUGGGAUCAGCUUCUGCUGCAGGGUGAAGCAGGAAGAGCCAGCGACCCCCUUCAUUAAAGAGGAACAUUCAGAGCGCCCCCACAUUAAAGAGGAAGAGGAGGAACACAGCAUCAGUCCGGAUGGAGAUCAUUUUGCAGGACUGGAGGAGUUCCCAGGUAUUCGUGUAAUUGUGAAGAGUGAAGAUGAAGAAGAAGCAGCCGCUGGAGACCACCGUGGAGUAUCACAAGCAGACAGCCUCUUAGCGCCGCUAUCAGACAGCGACGACACAACGUCACACUCCCCUGACACUGACGAUGAUGACUGUAAAGCUGAUAUGACACGUCACACUGACAGCGCACGCUGGCAAUGCUCUCAGUGCGACAAAACGUUUCCCACCAAGUCACAUUUAAACAGACACGUGAAGAUCCACACGGAUGAGAAACUAUUCAUCUGCUCAGUCUGCGGCAAAGGAUUCUCUCAAAGGGGAUAUUUGAAAAGACACACCAGAACACACACAGAGAAACGUUUCAGCUGCUCACUGUGCGACAAGAGAUUUGCGUCAAUGUACCGCUUGAAAGUACACAUCAGAGCGCACACCGGAGAGAAACCGUUCAUCUGCUCAGUGUGUCACAAAACGUUCUCAUCGGUGGACCCGUUGAAAAGACACAUGAGAACACACACCGGGGAGAAGCCCUUUAUCUGUAUCGUGUGUCAUAAAAGGUUCUCCAUAAAAGGAGAUUUGAAAAGACACAUGAGGACACACACCGGUGAGACGCUGUUCAGUUGCAGCGUUUGUAGCAAAAGGUUCUCAAGGAAGGAUCAGGUUAACAGGCACAAGUGUGCUGGUGAGAACAGCAACAGUAAAUGAAAGUUGGAAGCUGGGGAAACAUUGAUGUCAGGGCUGUGCAUAGCGUGGCAUGUUCUACAGCAUACCCGUUUUCCCGUAUCCUUUUCUCUUUCCCAUUUAAAUAGCUUCCAUUCAUCACCUCCCCCACAAAGCUGAAAGCAGGCUGACUCACAUUCAACUGAUUUUAGUGUGUUUAAUGGAUUGGAAUGUUAGAAUGUACGUUUUUAUAUAUGCGGCCCUCAGUGGAAAACGUUUGGAACCCCCCGUUUUUAUGUGAUGCAUGUCUGUCAGCAUCACAUGUAGUCAAGUGUGGUUCCGUGUGCCAAAAAGUGUACGUAAACUUCAUUAAAAAAGUCAAAAUGUGAAAA